UGCAAAUUCAGGACCAGACCCAUCUCGGCGGAAGGAUCCGAUUUUCUCUUUUAGCCUCCUCCCCUUUUUGCUUCUGCUUUUUUUUUUUUUUUGCUCUCUCUCUUUCCCCCUCUUUUGCACGAAAAUAAUUUGACAACGUUUUGCUGACACGGGGAUUUUGCACCAGAGAUUAAGGGGGGCACAGCCCCCUUACUAGGAGGCAUGCAAGGAAUUUUAUGCACAAGUGUUGUUCCAAGAGGAUCAGAAAGGGGGUUCCUGGAAUUAUACAGCUUUAUCUUCACAACAACCAUAUUAGGUGCCUGGAGCAUGCUGACUGUAUGGUCUUGUUUAAAGCUUUUUUGUGAAGAUAUGAAAUAUCCUCAGCCUGAAAAUGGAAUGACCAACCACAAAGAAUUCAGUUCUGUCAAACAAGUGGGCCCGUGUAAAAAUAAAUAACUUCACAACGUUCAUUUUUGCAUGUCUUAGGCUUCUCAGGGAUUAUAGUUCAUGUUUUGGUGUUUUGUUUGUUUUUAAAUUUUAAAUGGUUCUUGAUCAGAGCAAGGGUGCUGAAAAUGGGGGACCAGCAGAUGUACAAAACUAGCCACCUUGUUAACAACAGCGAGGGCCUAUAUUACCAGCAGCAGCAGCAGCAACUGAAUUCCCUUGCAUCGCUGAACCACAGCUAUGGAACGUCAGCCAUGGAUGGAUCUCAGGAUUCCCCCCUUUCACCUUCGUUCCCUCAUGAUUCUAGGGAAAACAUAGCUUUGAAUGUUGGGUCCAAAACUCUUGGGUUGAUGGAUUCUUCUAGGCAGACAAGCUGGGCCCAUUUGGGCUCUGGAAACCACAUCCCAGUCAGGAACAAUCAGAAUGUCAUGUGGAGUUCAGCUGGGCAAGCCGAACCGACUGACGGAUAUGAACACCUCUGUUCCCAACCCAAUGAGGCCAGGUCGCAGAAACUUACGAGUGGGGUUUUGCAUAAAUUGGACUCCUUUGCCCAAGUGUUUGCUAACCAGAACUUAAGAAUCCAAGUCAACAACGUGUCUCAAAUAAUUCAGGCUCAACCUUCAGGGAUGGAGAACGCCAGCGACAGCUCGCUUCGGCAACUGCCGUCUCAGAAGCCUGCUGUUGAGCAACAGCCAGGGCAGAGAUACCCACAGCUGCCACAGCAAGUCCAUCAGGGUUUUGCAAGUGCCCAGCAGAAGCAGCAGAUGCACCUCAUGCAGCACCAACAGCCUCUCUAUUAUGAGGACCAGCAGCACCUAGCCCACCUGCAAAUGCACCCUGCGAUGCACCAAGGGCAGGCCCACCUGCAGCAAAUGCACUCUCAGCACUUGCUGCCACAGCAGCUCCAGCAAGAUCAAUACUAUCUGCAGCAGCAGUCCCACCAAGGACAGCACAGGCUCUUAAUCCAUGAGAUGCAGCAGCAACAACAGCAACAGCAACAGCAGAGACAAUGCCCAAUGCAAACAGCUCAGUAUUAUCCAAUACAGCCUAUGAUGCAACAGUUGCAGCAGCAGCAACAGCAGCAACAGAUGCAGAUGCAACUUCCUGCCUAUCACAGAGAUCCUGACCAGAAGUCUCUGCAUGAAGCUCACCAGUACUCUCAGGAUCGGGGACAUCCUGUGCAGCUUAUCCAGCUGGGAGCCGUACCUCCAUACUUCUAUCAAGAUCAACAGCAGUCGUUCAGGCAUUUGUAUCUGCAGAACCUAUUGCAGCAGCAACAACAGCCAACAGGAGAUGCCAGUCAGCAAAAUCAUUACCAAAGUGACAACAAGUCUCGGGUAUUGAUGGACUCGCAUCUUGGACUCCCCGUAGCAGAGGGGCCUGAGGGGCCAGCACAGCAGGACAUGAAUUCUGUGGGUAGUGGUGGUGUUCAUCAGCCUCUUAUGCCUCCAACGGGUAUCCACAUGAAUAGCAAAGCGCCACAGCAGUUGUCUCCCAGUGCAGGGUGGCCUCAGCAGGUUCACCUACCUGAUGGCAGUCUCCAGUCAGUUUCUCCCGAGCAAAGUGGCCACAAUAAAGAAACAUAUACUGAGAAAUCUGAAACAAAGAGCAAACUGACAUGCUCUGUGUGCCUGAAGGAAUUUAAGAGUUUACCAGCCCUAAAUGGCCACAUGAGAUCUCAUGGAGGGAUACGGGCAUCUCCGAUCUUCAGACAGGAGGAAGGAGAGAACCCGCCGCAGCAGCAGCCGCAGCCACCGCCGCCCUCCGAGGUGGAUAGCUUCAUGCCCAUCGUCAUGCCUGUCUCUGUCCCUGUCAAGCUUCUGUCGCCCGACCCCGGCAGGCCUGCCACUGACAGCACUGCCACAGUCAAAGAUAAGCCUGUCUCAGAUGAUGAGAUGCCUGUUCUUGUGAGGAUGACUUACUCUCCACCGUGCUCCCCUAAAGUGGCCAGCCAAUGUGCAUCUUCUGAUCUGAGUAGAGAGCACCACCAGAGCAUCGCCAACUCUGAAGAAAGCUUCAAACCUUUGCAAGACAAGAGAAAAUACCGCCACAGACCAGAGCCCCUCUUCAUACCGCCUCCUUCCUUCAACCUCGGUGCCUCCCACUCAGGCGCUACCCUGUACCAAAGCCAGCUUCGCUCUCCCCGCAUCCUAGGCGACCAUCUGCUGGAUCGGACUCAUGAGCUCCCUCCUUACACCCCCCCUCCUAUGCUCAGCCCAGUUCGUCAAGGAUCUGGUCUCUUCAGCAGCGUUAUCACAUCCUCUCAUGGGACAUCUCACCCACAGCUGCCACUCACUCCUCUGACACCCACUCCUCGUGUGCUCCUCUGUCGGUCUAAUAGUGUUGAUGGAAGCUGUGUCGCUGUGACCCCAGGGCCUGGAGAACAGACAAUCGACGUAGAACCACGUAUCAAUAUUGGAUCAAGAUUCCAGGCUGAUAUCCCUGAACUUAGAGAUAUAGCAUCAGUCGGGAAAGAGGAUCACAAAGCAACUUUAGUUUGGCAACCAUGGCCAGACCUGGAAGAUAAAGCUUUCCAACAAAGAGCAGCCAGCCUCUUAAAUAUGUGUUGCUCAAGUGUACUGCCUGGUGGAGGAACCAAUCUGGAAUAUGGCUUGCAUUCUCUCUUUGAGGCUAAAGGGGAUGUUAUGGUUGCUCUGGAGAUGCUUCUUUUGUUGAAACCAACAAGAGUGAAAUCUCAUCCUCUGGCAAAUUAUCACUAUGCUGGAUCUGACAAAUGGACACCCCUGGAAAGAAAGCUGUUCAAUAAAGCGUUAUCCACAUUCAGCAAAGACUUCAUUUUGGUACAGAAAAUGGUGAAGUCUAAGACAGUAGCACAGUGUGUGGAAUACUACUAUACUUGGAAGAAAAUCAUGCAUUUAGGACGGAAGCACAGAACACGCCACGCAGAAGUAAAAGAUGAAUGCCCGACAAGUGGAGAAGAUGAUGAAUUGGAGGAUGAGGAGCAAAUGGAGGAAGAGAGAAAGUCCGUCAAAGAGGAAAUUGACAUUCAGAAUUCUCCUGACUUGCCAGCUAUUGCUGUCACUGCACCCAUUAACCUGCCAUCCCUGCAGUGCCUCACACUUCCUGUAAGCUCUUUUGCCUGUGAAAUGCCAGAGUGUGGAGCUAUGUUCAGCUCCAGACAAGCUCUGAACGGCCAUGCUCGCAUUCAUGGGGGUACAAACCCUGUGGUGAAAACCCGUCCUGGCAGCAAGCAGAAAUCCAGCUCCCAGAAUGAGCACUGCUCCGUCAAAAGUUCCCCAGCCCACAGUACAACAAGUGGUGAGGCUGAUCCGCCUACAGUUUUCCCCUGUAAAGAAUGCGGCAAGAUGUUUUUCAAAAUCAAAAGUCGCAAUGCUCACAUGAAAACGCACCGGCAACAGGAAGAGCAACAAAGGCAGAAAGCCCAGAAGGCCGCCGUUGCUGCUGAAAUGGCCGCCACUAUUGCGAGGACUACAGGGCCUGCUGGGCAUGGCUUGAUUCCACUGGAUCACUUGGACUUGAUAAAGCAGGUUGAACAGGCAGAUGACCUGGACAGUGAUGUUGUUCAGGAAUUGGGAGAGGUCAUUGACAGUACUGAAGUGAUAGACCCUGACCUAUUGCUGGAUGAAGAAGACACAGAAUUACUUCAAGAUGAUGUUGAGCUGUAGAAGACACAAGACCAUUCUGUAAAAUUAGGAUGGCUGUUGAAAUUAGUUUCCUCCACCAGGAGGACAAAGUGUCUACUUCCCUUUAUUUUAAACUAUUUGAAUAGUUGGAAUGCUUUAUAUCCAGGACUGGAAAAACCAAUCUGAGUUUUGUUAUAAUUUUUUAGUCACAAGUCAACUUGGUUUGAAGGGUGGAAAACAGUUCCGUCGUUCCCCUUUUUCAAGGUAUUUUGUCUCAUACCUUGGAAACCAAUUAGUACAGAGAAGUUCAUGUUCUUGUUUUCAUUUCCUUUCAGACUUUUUCAUGAGAAGCCUAAGAUUCUUUAACUCCUCAGGGUUCCUCCUCCCCGCAGAAAGUCAGUUUUUUACAGUGUGUUUCAUUUUGUGCCUUUUGUUCUGGCUGCCAGACUUCCACAACAAUGGCUCAUGAAAAAUGGUUUCAGAUGGAAAGAUAACUAAUUGAUAACUGCCCCUGCAAUAAACACCUGACUAAUGAAUGAUUUGGUGGCAUCUGGAAGCUUUCUCCUUGAUAAAAUGCAGGGCAAUCAUUGCAUUUGUGCUGGGGAGAGUGGCUUGAGCCAGGCAAGCGCUUUCCCAUUGGCACAGAAGGCAAGGACCCAGAGGAAGGCUUCUAAGGCACAUCUAGAUGUCCUGUUACACGAUGUGGACUGACAGCAUAUUGACUCAUGGAUUGACUUGGUAGUGUGUUCUGCUCUGCUUUGUUUGAAAUUGAAAGAAAUCUGACCAGCCACAAAACAACAGCCGCCAGAUUAGGCCCUGUCAGCUUUUCCAUUCCACUAAACCUUAAGCUUAAGGCUGUGUGUUUGUUUGCAAAUGAGGCUAGUUAGAUUGUGCACUGAGGAGUUUCAAUUCUAAUGAGAUUCAGAAGGGAUAGGGUCAGCAAAACCAGAAGUACUCUGAGACUGAAGACCAAUGGGUCUUUGGACUCAUGUUAAGCUGAGCUGCUGAGAAAAAUCUCGCCCUGUUGCUGAAGAGUAUUGGAUUGGAUAAGCAUUAGUGAUUAGGUGGCACUAAAAUGUCUCUUGUUUAAAUCACAUUUGUUAAAAAGUUGCCCUUGAAAGUCCAGUGGUUUUCCUUUAUGCUCCUAGCUAUGCAGAAGCAUCUUCCACACAGCAAGAAAAGUGCUGACCCCACAAAAAGAAGAAAAAGUGGGCGAUGUCCACCAUUAGGUAAAAACAAUUGUAACUUUUAAAAAAUGAUCCUAAGCCUCAAGAAAUAAACUUGUGCACCUUUUAUGAGUUUGCAUUUUGCACUACACAAAAAUCUGGUGUGCCUCCAAUGACAAACAUAUUGGGCAGCCAACUUGAGCUCAUCAGCUGCAGACCCUCAGGCUGACUGUCCCUCUUCUAUAAUAUGGUUACUGUGCUCUGAUAGUAUGUAAGCGUGUGCAUGGUUGCUCUGAUGCACACAAGAAACAAAAUGGGAUAAUCCCUGCAUGUGUGGAGCCGCUUGUCGUUUUGGAUCAUGGCCAAAGUGUAUUGAAAGCUGCUGUUUUAAAACAUUUUUGUUUGCUUUGGUUGGUGAUGAUAGUAUAAAUAUGCUUAACCUUGAGCUUUUCUGCCUGCAGAUACUCUGUCAUAGGCUUGUUCUGGGAAGCUGCAAGUUCCAGUGAGCGUAGGUAGCUUUGGGAAGUUUAGGUUGGGCGGAACCUUUAAGACUCCAGUUGUAAAGUUUUUCUGAAUAGAAUAUAAGACAUUAGAUGGCUUUUAUCAAGUUUCACAUCUUAUAGCAGGCACUGAGAUUCAGUUUUCAGAGAUGAUUCGUAUUGCAUUUUCACUUUUUGCUCUUUGUAACCAUCUAUGAGGCUGCAAAUUAAGUCUGAAUUUCAUCCAAAGAACAUAGUUAUUGUCCUAGUCCUGUAAGUCCCUCUUUUACUAUAUUUAUUUGUCUAAACAUGCACAAAUUGGGGUUUAAACCAUAUUAAAGAAAGGUAACAUUUUGCGCUCACAUUGUGCUAAAUGAAUAAAAGAGAAUCAAAAACACUCCCUCCCUUCCUUCCCAGCAUGCUUGGCCAUGAUCUAGCAAGUCAGUAUGCUCAUCUUUUGGCAUCUUGCAUCCCUUCUCCUCCGUUGCUAGCUGUGGGAUUCUUCUCCAGGCAUGGUUCCCUGGAUCACUGUCAUUGCUCAUAAAUCUGCAAAGUGUGCAGAAGAAGCCCUGAAUUGAUAAAACAUCAUUCUCCUAAGUUUUAAACAGGCAUAAAUAUUUCCCAAAAAUCCAGAGUAUGAAAGAUAACAUAGUUGUUUUCCUUCCAUGUCAUUGUUUAGUCAUCGUUUUCCUUCCGUGUAAAAGCUUUCCUUGGGGUAAAUAUAUGAUAUCUACAGAGAGAUAUAGGGGUUUUGUUGUUGUUGUUUAAAUCAAGAUUAACUAUACAUGGCCAAAUUCUGGAAUGCCUACUGAGGUGCUGUGCCGAUCAUGGGUGACACUAGUGAAAGGUGUCUUUCCUUAGAGUAAAUCAGUUAAAUCAUUUUCCAGCUCAUGGUACAACUUAAAACUGCUCCCUGGUAUAGAAUAAUCAACAUUUGCCAUUAAUUUGUCAGACCUUUUUACCUCCUCCUUAAAUUCCAGUUUAACAGCUGAUGUAUUCCCUAGAAAAUAAUUUAGAGAAAAGCCAUAUAAUCCAACCUGCAAAGCUAUUUUUUGAGACCUGCUGGGCAAUCAAAUGACAAUUAUUUGUGACCUCAGCUCUUUGGAAGCCUAUUGUCUGCCAUAUGCAUGAGUUCAAACCAGUGGGUUAGAUCCAAAGGUGCCUUGCUCAAAUGGAAAGGCACUUUUGCUUGCACAAUGUUGCCCAUAGUUUUGAAUGAUUCCCUGCCACAGUCCAUCCCAUGCUGUUCUGGAUGGUCCCUUUGUCCUCAAGCAUGGAUUUGCAAGGGGCUGCAGUGAGACAGAGGAGGUGGGAAAGCCUCACUAAAGAACUUGAUACUUCUCUAGAUUCAAUGUAAUAACUGGAGAGGCCAAUAUAUAAAUCUUGCCUUAGAAUCUUUCAAUUGAUCCUUCCAAAAUGAUUGAUAUUAAUUAUGUUUGACUACACGAGGAGGCGGUUUUCCCACUGUAUCAGCAGACUAUGGAAGGGCUUACUAAAACAUAAUGGUUCAAGAUAGCAUAGAUUAUUGUGUUCUGGGAUAUUUCUUCAAUCUAUUGCAGGGUGUAUUGGUUAUUCACAUACAUAACCGCAGACCUGAUAUCACUUAGUAGUAGCCUCACAUUGAAAGGUAUUCUCGGGGGGAAAUGAUCACAGCUUAAACCUUCAUCCCAAGUACUAUCACAGCAUUCUCAUGAUCACUAUCAUAACUGAAGCUCUGGAGUAUUUAUAUCUUUAAAAAUGAGUAAUUCCUAAAUACAUUUUUUUUAGAGCCUAUAAAAUAAUUACUGAGAUAAUGACAUAGCUUAAAAUAACCAAAGAGAAUCUCAAAAUAUCCCUGAAAGAGUAUUGAUGCUUGUGCCAUGUUUAUAUGUAGAUCCUGUACUUCUAAACAUUUCAGUGAUGAAUACCAUCUAAAUAUGAGUUAAUUUUUGUCAAAAUUUGAGGUUUUUGUUAAUGGUUCAUGUUUAUUCUGGUAUUGUUUCAGUAGUGAAUUAGAUUAAACUUGUACAUAAAAGAAAAAAAGAAAAAAAUAUAUUUUAUGGAGAAAUCUUAUUUUCAAACAUAUUUAACUGCUGUUAUAUUGUUAUAGAAAAGCUGUAAAUUUUUUGGAAUUGUAGUGUGGUGUAAAAACAUUCUUUGGGGGAAAUAAACAUUUUAAUGUAGGUUUUAUUAUUAUUAUUUUUAAAAUGUUGCCUGUUACUGCUUAAUUGCACCUGAAUUGCAUGUGGGAACUUCAGGAUGUAAUUUAUUCAGGUUUGCACUGAAAUACUAUAUGUUUCAUAAUAUAUGGUGGAUUUUUUUCUUUUUGUUUUCUUUCCUUUUCCUUUAUGGCAGUGGUGGUGAUAUAUGGGAGGAAUGCAUCUUAUCUGGUACAUAACAAACCGCACUAUGUAAAGAAUAUUUCAGCUUUUUCUUAUAUUGACAGAUAAUUGUAUUUGUAAAGUCAAAGGGAAUCUAUGUAACAGUUUGCCAAAAAGAACAGUAUUUUAUACUUUUGAUAAGAUGUACUUUGUUAAAUUUUUUGUUCACAUGGGGAAACAUUUCUUUUAAAUAAAUUAAUCUGCAUUGACAA